AUGCCUCCCCCAGCAGACCUAAGAGCAGACAUUGAGCCCCCGGAGGAAGUCACCACGGAAGGCGUCAAGGGUUUUUUAGCAGGUGCAUUCCGGUACGGCUCCGUCUCCAUCCUCGCGCAUAUGAUCAUGAUCCUCCCUCAUCCCUUCACAUUCGCAAGCAACGCCGGUCCGCCACAACCACAUCAACCAGGUUCACGACCGCGGGCACGAAGACCACCCCCCUUUACAAAAGAAUACUUCCGCGCGCGCUUCCUCCACAGGCCCCUCGAAGGUUUCUCGGAGUGGAUCUCCCCGACAGCUCGGGUAUACCAGGGCCUCACUCCGCAGUUCAAAGUGUUUUUGCAGAUCGCGGCGAUGACGUUGGGCGGAUGCGUAUGGGCGGAGAGACGGGUGGCGGAAUAUAUUGAUUUUAUGCGUAAGGUGAAGCGGGUGCAGAGGGUUACUGCUGAGCGGGAGAAUCUGAUCAGUGGUAGAUAG